AUGAGCUAUGAUGAUGAUAGUGACGAUAAUCCUUGCGAUCUCGAAUGUGUAAGAGGCGGUGGACGUGUGCAGGAAAGAGUUUUACACGAAUACGAAGGACCGGUGAAGAUAACUUUAGUUGACUUACUUGAUGUUGGUUUUUGGCCUAGAGUCUGGGGUGCAGCGCUCAUAACUUUGGCUAGCUUAUAUAUCGCUGGCAUUGUUGCAACAAUGGUUUUUUUUUCAUUAUCCUUUACAGCUCCAACAGCUGUAAAUCUUCAUAUUGCUAUGUGUAUGGCUGGGUUUCAAUUACUAUUGCCAAAUGGUAUAUUGAUGCUGAAUCCUUUGUUCGGUGGUGCAUCGCAGUUGCUGGGGCACGACAGACUGGGGCAGCACAUAUUCUUACAGCUAUUCGGUUUUGGCUUUAUAUUCAUAGGGAGUAUGCACGUAUGCACAUCUGUAGACUCACUCCCAGGAAAUCCGCAUACCAUAACAGGAAUUAUGGCACUACUUGGUACAUGUGUUGCCGUAACAUUAGGUGCAUUGCAUCACUACAAGGACAUGUCUAAACUCAAGAUGGCCCACAAAGUAGCCGGAAUGGUGACUUACAUAGUAUCGUCGCUAUGCACGUGUUUCGCAAUAAUGAAACCAUCCUUUAAAUCUUGGUGUAAAACAGGACUAAUCAAAGAGCCUUGA